UCCUGUGAUCAGGAAAUAUGGAAACGAUGUGAGUGAUGAAUGUCCUGUGACCGUCUGCAGAUCGAUACGUGAUCAUUGGGGCCCAGAGGGAUGCGUGGGGCCCGGGCUUUGCAGCAUCAACCGUGGGCACCAGCGUCCUCGUUGAGCUGGCACGUUCCAUCUCUGACAUGGUGGAGAACGGUGGAUUCAAACCGAGGAGGAGUAUUGUGUUUGCGAGCUGGAGUGCGGGAGAGUAUGGGAGUGUUGGCGCCACCGAGUGGUUGGAGGGUUAUCUGUCCUCUCUGAGCAUGAAAGCAUUCACCUACAUCAACCUGGACGGCAUUGUGACAGGUCAGAAUGGGUUUAAAGUAGCAGCCAGCCCGUUGCUGCACAGCCUGGUCCAAAACGCUCUGAAAGAGGUGAACUAUGACAAGGACAAGUCUCUUUUUUCUCAGUUUGGAAAGAACAACUGGGAGUCUGUUAUGUGAGUCCGUCUAAUUAAAGAUAACGAAGUAUAGCCAGUGAUGAUUAUCAAAGCCUUUGUUUGCUGUCAUUCUCACUCUUCUUUUUUGCGUUUGAUUUUGAAGUCUGGAGCCUCUGAGGAUGGACAGUGCUGCGUAUC